GCCAAUCGCCAAUAAACCUCAAAGAAGAAGAGGAAGGAGCGGGAAUUUUCCGAGCAUACAUUGAACGCAUCAACAUUAUCCACCGGAGCAGAUUCAUCAGAAAGUCGUCCAUCGUUUUAUUAGAAUCAAGAAGAAUUAAAAGCAACAAUGAAUGUCACUCAUGAAAUACAAUUGCUGGUGCAGGAGAUUAACCGCCUCGGCAGUAAAAAUGCUGAUGGUCAAACCAGCGUGAAGUUUGGGGUCUUAUUUAAUGACGACCAGUGUGCCAACAUCUUCGAGGCUUUGGUGGGCACCCUGAAGGCCGCCAAGAAGAAGAAGGUGGUCAAUUUCCAGGGCGAGUUGCUUCUGCAAGGUGUCCACGAUAACGUUGAUAUCAUCCUGCUCCAGGAAUGAGGCUAAAGUUUGAACCAGAUGGCCUUCUAGUGACUCACUGAGUCCUCUCAAAUACUGAGCUUCUGCAGUGUACCAGCUUGUUUUCAGUUAUCUUCCGUCACGUGCAAGGCUCAGUAUUUGAAUUCAAACAUAAUGACCAAGCAAAUAAGAUCAAACAGUACACUUACAGGCUCAGCUGGCAUGUCUGCAUAUGAUUUAAUUUGAUUUCACUGUGCCAAACAGUAUCACAAAAACUAAUUUGAGAAUAUUUUAGGUUCUCGGGGACUGAAUUACGGCCAUAUUCAUAGUUUCAUAUGACAAGGACAAAUGGUGUUUCUCUCUUUCUCAGGCGCUGCUGUUUUAUCAACCACGGGUCUGAAAUGUCAUUUUGACAUACGCUUUUAAGACUACGAGCGCACAAAUCAGGAAUGUAAUUCUUUGUGUAACGCAUUCAUUUGGGUAUAUUUUGUUUUAUUUUUGGGAGAAAUUACGGUAUAAGGUAACUAUCACAACCAAAUGCCUCUCUUGAUGGUAUCAGUGUCAGGAUUAAGUAGCACAGAACAAGACACUGGCUAGAUUUAGCAACUUUGACAAACUUCUUCACAUUUUUAAUUAGAGCCCUCUGAUCUUGACAAAUUGUUUGUAAUGGGUACUUGUUUUUAAAGCUGCACUAGUCUCCCUUAUCAGUCUCAAGUGGCAAUGGGAGUUAAGAUCUUAUUACCUUAAAUUCAUGUAAUGUGUUUUCACGUUAAAUCUAGUGCAGCUUUAAGACAAUGGGUAGUGUGUUUCCACGCACAGUGUCAACAAAUGGCAGUUCCAUUUAUUUACAUGAGCCAUUUCUACUACCUCUUGUGGACUUUGUAAAAAGACGCUAUUAGACCAGUGCUUUUGGAACUAUGAGAACAAUUCCUUCAUAGACAUUACAAAGACAAGUGCAUUUCAAGAAAGACUUUUGCACCUUUUUGUACUCGUUGCAAUCUGCUAGAGUAGUUUUUAUUCCAUCUUUUUACAUGUGGUGUGGUCAAUAGUGAAUUUUCUCUGCUAAACAAACUCCAAAACCUGCCUUUCAUAAGAAACAGUUGAUGAGCAAAUGGCGAAUGUAUUUCUCGUGCAAUUUUUAUUAGUGUAUAAUAAUUACAGGGUGAUUGGUGCCAAAUGCUAAAAGAUGAAUUUGUGAUGUUUCUCAGGACCAAAUCAACACAACCAAAAUAUGUUUAAUUGUCCUGUAGCUUAAAUUAGGUGUCUAACCUAUGACGCAAGUUGUGCAUUUAUAGUUUUUUUUUUUUGUUUUAUUUUUAUUUACCACGAUUUAUUCUGUACUGUAGGUCAAAUGAUACUUGCAGAUCAGGCGUGCCUACUUUGGUUCUGCUUGGUUUACCACCAUCAAAACUCAUCACUUCUUGUUUUAUUGUGUCAAAGGUCCUUUUUUUGUUUUUUUUCAUUUUGCUGAACAAGCACUUUCAGCUUGUGGUGUGGAGGUCCAAAGUGGUCAAAAUUAAAAUGAAUUAAAAUACGACAUGAAGUGAAUAAUAAUAUGAACAAAUACAGACAAUAUGUAGUAAAACAUGUAAUAAUCCAAUUUCCUUUUAAGACUCUGAUCAGUGAACUCCACAAUAACAUUUUAGGUAAUUUCUUAUUUAAUUAGGCUUUUUAUUUUUAUUUCAAAAUGACAUUUUUCCAAGUGACCCAUUUUAUUUCAAAAUCUCACUGUUGAUCAUAAAGAAUUUGGCAUGGCAGAUACAGCUACGUGAUUGGCUGUUCACUCAUUCAGAACAAGCAUCAGCCAAUCCCAUACCUGGCUCUGCCCUGUUUGCCCAUUUCAUCACAAAAACUUUGUGAUGAAACGUGGCUUUGAUUAGUUAGCAAAUUGCAAUUUUAAAUAAAAUACUUUUGUAAAGUAACCUGUAAAACAAUCCUAUUUUGAUUGAGUUUAAACUGUACUGGAAUAUUUAACAAUUUAAUGGUUCAAAUUGUCAUUUUGUCUUUAUUUAUAUAAUUCAUUCACAUAAUACAUUUCACAGAAUCUUAUUGAUUUAAUUUUGACCACUUUUUUUGUUUGAUAAGUGGCUGGAGGUAUUUGGAUGCAAGAAGAAAUAUUUGUCUUAGAUAAACACUAGAAGGACCAACAAUCUCCAAAUGUUUGGCUGAAUGUAACAUCUCCUACGUGGCAGCUUGUGUGCUACUCUGUCAUAAUAUCAAGCAUUAUAUAUCACAAAGAAGAGAGGCAAGCGAUCGCCGGGUGCCUCAUCUGCAAGUUUUAUAAGACCCUGUUCACAUUCACUGCUGUUGUAUUAACCUUCCUGAAUCUUUUAGGCUCAGGUGCUGGCUGUUUUUCUUCACUUUGACUUGAAUUAUGUGAUUUUUUUUUUUUUUUUCUUCCUGAACCAUAUAGGAGAUUGUGCUCUAAACAGCAUUAGUGACAUACUAUAUCAUGGAUAAAAAAUUUGUCGAAAUCAGGAAAACGGAAUGAGCUUAAUCAUAUGCUAAUUAUGAAUGAAGCUGAAAUGAAGCCUAGAUAACAAAAUGUAACCAUCAGAAUACAAAACAAUAGGCUAAGUAGAGGUCGGAAAAGUUAUGGAAAUAAUGGAGAAAAAGCAAGAGUGAGGAUAAACCAUGCUGCUUGCAUCACUGUCAUCUAGGGUUAUCCUGCUGCGUGUUGCACUGGAGUGAGCUGAACAUAAAUGCAAAUUACAGCACAAGUUAACACUUAGCAGGAGGAGAAAGUUAUCAUUAGAGCGGUCCCAAUACCUCGAGCCCUUUCUGUGAACUAUUGGGAUACCUGCAUGAUGUGUUCAUGUGUGUCAUUACUGUCUUUUUGUAUUGGCAAUAACACAUUCCUAAAAUAACAAAGGUUUCUGUUACUGUGGAAUACGCUGCGAGAAAUAAAAUCUUUACACUUGAAGCCUUGAA